GAGUCAGUCGAAGUUGGACUGCUUUGACUAGUCGACGUGCGUGUCGUUUGUCCCACGCACCCGCAGCAUCCGAAAUCGAUAAUAAUUAUCGCCCGUGCCCUCGCCACACCGACAUAGGCCAGUUUUCAUCGUUCGCAAAGAGUUUCCAAUCGACGCAGACGAGACUCGCGUUUUGACGGCGCCGUUGCCAGUUAUCCAAAUCUCCGCGGAACCCGUCCGUUUACGACAGCGACAACAAUGGAUGACAAUCAAAAUGGCGCCGCAAUCGCACAGCCGCCCAGCAGCGAUACCUGCGGAAUGAUCGGCAACCACAGCGAUGGCCCGGCAGCGGCAGCCACAGCAACAGCGGUACCACCGAUCGCGAUGAGAGCGCCACCACCAGCAGCGGUACCAGCUGCCUUCGGAAUUCUGGCGCGCCCAGCGCCCCCGUACGGCGCACAUCUGAACAACAACAAUAACAAUUCGGUCAUUAAAGGACAGCUAAAGGGUCCCGGUAACCCAGAUCACAGGACUAGACGUCCGCGCCGUGGUAAACGUAAAAGCAAGAAAGUCACUCCAUAUACAAAAGAUGGAAUGAUGUUUCGUCUUAAAGCUUUAGCACCCAAUAACACCAAUCAAUUUUUAAUGGACGAUCAUAAUGAUGGACCAGACAUUGAUAAAAAACUAUCUGCCCGAUACAAUGAGAAUGGACGUAAAAGAAAUUCAAGUUAUACUAGUAUUGAGUCGGAAGGAGAACAGAUAUAUUCUUCAUCAGAUGAUGAUGGUACUUCAAUACAGAAAGAAUUUAUUGAUACCUAUAGACUUGUCCAAGAAGAAGAAUUAGAUGGUUUAACAAAAAACGAGCUUACCCAAAGAGUAAUUGAACUUGAAGAAAAAGUACAAAUGCUUGAAUCUAAAAGGUUUAAAAAAAAUAUGACGUAUUUUAAUGGAAUACCUAAAGAAGAUGAAGACGAUUCAAUUGACCCAGAAGAAUAUAGAUUAAUGCAAAAGCAAAUUAGAGAGUUGACAACACAAAACAAAAUGCUGCAAAAUGAAAUUGAAAUGCUAAAACAAAAUCCUAAGAGGACCACCAAUUCAGAUACCUCUAUGGAUAGCGAAAGCUCAUCAGAUUCCAGUGAUAGCUCUUCCAGUUCUUCUGAAGGACAUUCUAUUGAAAUGAAAUUUUCACUAUGUAGUGGACCAGAUGAUCGUAUACUAAAUAAUGAUGAUUGAUCAGCAAAGUACCAAAUUGAUAAUGUUUACUAUGGAGUUGAGAAGUGAUUACCAUGUAACAACUCCUGGAUAUUGGUGGUAACUUUUGUUAUAACAUAAUACUGUCAGAUUUUUACAAUUACCAGAAAAAUGACUAUCAUUUGUUAACCAAUGAAAAACAUAAGAAGCCAUUUCAGUAAUAAUUUGUUUAUAUGGAAACACAGAUGACAUAGAAGUAUGCUGUAUGUGGUAUGCCCAUAGGCGUGCGCAGUCCUGCAUUUCAGGAGUGCCUGCAAUAAGUUCGGGCCCUAUCUUAACAAAACGCGCAGGAAUCAGAUAAAUCAGUGAAAGAACACGAAACUAGAAGCAAUUUUUUUUUAAACAGUUUUUAUUUUAUAAAUGUAUUGUUUUAAUAAUUUAUAAAAUAUUUCUAUGAAAUUAAGUUAAUUAUUUUUUUUCAUCAGUGAUAUAUUUUCUGUCUUUUCGAUAUACAUUGAUUCCACCAAA